UCACAAACUUUAAAAAAUUUAUAAUGAAUUGAAAUCUGAAAAUGGAAAUUUAUAAUGUCUUUUAUAAGUCAACAAAGGUGAGGAAAUUAUGUUCCAAAAAAACAAAUUAGUCUUCUGUGUGUGUGUUUUGUUCUAUGAUUGAAUCAAUGGCUUCUACAACAACAAAAGAGAUCGUUUCAGAGAUUCCUUCUUAUAUCACUGUCUUCAGCGACGGCACCGUUGAACGUCCACGACAAGCACCGAUAGUACCACCCGUUCUCGAUGAUCCAAAUUCACAAGUUUCAUCGAAAGACAUCAUCAUCUCUCACAAUCCCAACAUCUCUGCUCGUCUCUACCUUCCCAAUACCCACACUCAUAAACUCCCCAUCCUUGUCUUCUUCCAUGGCGGUGGAUUCUUCUUUGAAUCUGCUUUCUCUAAACUCUACCAUGAACACUUCAACAUCUUUGCUCCGAAAACUAAUUCCAUUGUUGUUUCUGUUGAAUACAGGCUUGCUCCUGAACAUUCUCUUCCUGCAUGUUACCAUGAUUGUUGGGAUGCACUCAAAUGGGUUGCUUCUAAUUCUUCUCUAGAUCAAAAACCCAUCAAUGAAGAGCCAUGGCUCAUCAACCAUGGUGAUUUCAACAGAGUUUUCAUUGGUGGUGACAGUGCUGGUGGUAACAUAGUUCAUAACAUUGUUAUGCGUGCUGGUAUUGAACCUUUGCCUUAUGAUGUUAAAAUACUAGGAGCUAUUUUACAACACCCUUAUUUCUAUAGUUCAUACCCUGUUGGAUUAGAAACUGUUAAAAGUCCUGAGGAAGAUUUGUGUUAUUUGGUUUGGAAAUUGGUGUAUCCUUCAGCACCUGGUGGAAUUGAUAAUCCUAUGGUUAAUCCUGUGGGACCAGGGGCACCUAGUUUGGAUGGAAUUGGUUGUUGUAGAAUGAUUGUGUGUGUUGCUGGGGAAGAUGGUUUGAGGGAGAGAGGUGUUUGGUAUUAUGAGCUUGUGAAGAAAAGUGGGUGGAAUGGAAAAUUGGAACUUUUUGAACAACAAGAUGAAGAUCAUGUUUAUCAUAUUUUCCAUCCUGAAUCUGAGAAUGGUAUGAAAUUGAUCAAACGUUUGGCUUCCUUUCUUCAUGAGUAAAUUAAGACAUGUCUUUUUUAUAACAUAAAGUUUAUGUGAGUUGGAUUUCAAGGAUUCACCAGAGCUAAUGCAAGUCUUAAGGCUCACAGAGCACUUAUACUUGCAGGGUAAAAACAUGUCUUUGCUUUUAUCUGUUGUCCUGAUUUAGAUUGCUUAAUGGUUUUGUUCUCUAUGUUUUACUAAUAAUAAAUGCUUUCUUGUGAGGAUGUACUCAUAGUUAAGUAAGUGUGUUGUGUAAAAAUGUCACUUUAUUAUAGUUAUGAAGUUUUUAUCACAUUUGAUCUUUUGUUUU